GGUCCACGCUUGGCUGGACCCAGGGUUUAAGGAAGCUUGUCCGCCCGGCCGGCAGUCAGAGGGGGACUCGACGGCGAGAGCUUCGGGAGGUUGUGUGAGCCGGUGACGGACGCCGAAAUAUCUCCACGACGGCUCACCUAGCAUCCUAAAUCAACGCAGCAAUGAACAAACUCUUUCUGUAGCGGUCGUUUUGUGUCAUAUCCAGAUUGAACAAUGUGAUUGUUCUUGGAGGCAGCCGCACUCCUAUGGUCCAGGACCUCACCUUACUUCACUAGAAUGUACUUGAUGAAUGUACCUCCUGUCGCAGCGACUCACACAGAAUGGAGAAAAUGUGGCCCACCUGGAGGCUAUAGCCUUCCAAUCUGCUUCAAUGACUCUGACACUGAGUUGUCCACCAGAGGCACACCUAUCUCGGAUAAGGUCCAGAUGAUCAUAGAGAGUCUAAGGAGCACCCAGUCCUCACUCGAGAUGGGCGACGAGAUCGAGGGAAAUGUGCUAUCAGGACAGGAAGGUCAUCCCCAAGUCUGCAAGGUUGCAGUGGGUUCUUUUGUAGGAGCCAAGUCCAAAACUAAAGGUCCCACUGAAAACCAGCAGGCAGGUGUUUCCUCCCCAAUCAACCAUGAGAGCAGUGACUCUGACAGCGAUGAUUCUGUGGACAGAGGAAUUGAGGAGGCAAUACUGGAAUACCUGAAGGAAAAGGAUGAUCACAAACGCAAGGCGGAACCAUGCACCACUUUCCUCCAAACAUCCAAAAUUCCCAGGAAAAACCCACCUAUUCCUGAGGUUUCCAAACAGAACUCUGACAGCAAUACAUUUUUGAUUGCAAGCAACCAGUUUCCAAAAAGUGUCAAAGCUGAGACCCCCACAGCACCAGCUGUCAUACCUAUAAAAAAGUAUAUCAAAAACAAGGCCUUUCUUAAUGACAACACGGUUAAGAAAUUGGAGUCAAAUAAAUCAGCCAAAAGUUUACAAUUGGCCAAAGAGCAGGCAAAGAGCCCUUCAAAAACAAUCGACCUCCUUAACAAAAUAAAGUCCCCAGUCACAGUUAAGGAGGAGGAAGAUUCAAAUGAUUCCAGUAGUGAUGAUGGCAUCGAGGAGGCCAUUCAAAGAUAUCAGUUGGAGCAAAAGGAGCAGCAGAACAGAAGGGAAGCAUUCAAGUCGCCUGCAUUCGAAGAGGAGUCUGACUCUACAAGUGAUGAUGGGAUUGAGGAAGCUAUUCGCAGCUACCAGCUUGAGCAGCUGAAAGAGAAGAGCGUCCUGAAACCGUUCUUACACAAGCAAAAGCCCAUAAGUAAGUCAUUAAUACAGGCUGUUGGAAGUACAAGCACGGAAAACAUGAAGAAACACAAAGUGAGAAAGAAAAAGAACAGAGCAGAGAGAGAAGUGAAAUCUGUUCUACCUCCAUCUGUUUUCAUACCCAAGAACACACUUUCUGACAGCCAGAGAGGUAAAGGGAAUGGAUUACUUUCACUGAAAGUUGAAAGUUUUAAGGAGCAACCUACACCUGCUCCUCCAAAGGCCAAUACAACUGCAGAGCUCAUGUGUGCUGAGGCAAUAUUGGACAUCUCAAAGACUGUUAUGCCUGUGACCUUCCAACAUAGUGUCGGCCUGAGCAGCUGUGCCCGCAACGAAACUUCCUUGCAGUCUUCACUUCCUGACAACUGCCCAGAUGAUGAAAGUGACGAAAGCUCUAUUGACAGCGAAGAUGGGAUUGAGCAAGAAAUCAGGAAAUUUCUUGAGCAGAAGGCACAGAUGCACAACAAGCCACCCAGCUCUGCUGUGACUCAAGAGCCAAAAAGUAUGAACGAACCAGAGAAGAUGAAAACAAAACAAGUUGCAACCCAAAAGAAACCUCCAAGAUUGUCCUUGACACAGAGAAGAAAACACAAAGAGGAAAACUGUAGUGUUUCCAACGCAUCAGGGAUAGAUGAUGUUAAAGAUACAGCCCCUAAACCUUUACAUGAGCAUAGACAAGAAUCAAGCCCAUUGGUAUCUUCCCAGAGAAGUCAAACACAGCCAAUAACUGGAUUACACAACACAGAUCAAAGUGGAGACAAAAGCAGCUCACUUGACAGUGAUGAGGACUUAGACACAGCUAUAAAAGACCUGCUCAAGACAAAAAAGAAGUCAAAGAAAAAGACAAGAGACUUAAAGCGGAAAUCAAGGAAGUGCCUCAAGGAGGAAAAACCACUGCUAGCGAAUGCUUUACAGGCCAAAAAGUUAAAACCUGAUCCUAUUUCCAAGCGUAGUGCUUUGAAAAAGGUUCAAAAGAGUAAAGAUGACAUGAGAGACAAGUCUACAUUGAGUAAAAAGACAAUUUUGCAACAUAAACAAACUAGCAAGAGUAAAGAGCAUAACAUGCAUGAGGAUGAAACAGAGAAAUUGAAAGGGACUGAGGGUCAAGACACCCCACUGCUAUACAAUGCUCAGACUCAGACAGCUCUUCAGAUAAAGGAAGACAGCAGUUCAGUAGACAGCGAUGAUAGCAUUGAGCAAGAGAUCAGAAGGUUUCUGGCUGAAAAGGCCAAAGUUUCCACUGCAGAGAAAAGUAAAGACGGAGAGGUGUCAAGGAAUGGUACUGUCAUGGUUGGUACCCCACUUCAAGAUGAAGACAGUAAACAGGAAAAUCAGCUGGCUGAAAUUCCAAGGAAAAGUAUCACUCCCCUUUCUGGACGAUCUCCUCUGAGUAGUCCCGAAAGUAAACCACCUCAAGAUAGGCCGCAACUUCCAACGCCACUGAGUCUGCCGCCAGACAACUCUAUCUAUUCUGUCAGUGCACAAUCAUGUCUAUCCUCAGUCCAGUCCUGCAGCCCCAGUCUUUUGGAGCCAGCAGACGGGGCAGGGGUUGCUAGAUCUGAGCAAAGGUGGCCUUCAACUGGGAGAGGUGAUAUCCAGGAUGUCACUCCACAGAUGGAGAGAGUUCGGCCAGUUUUGAAUCCCAACAUUGCUCAUUCUCGCUCUGAGUCAAUCAAGUGGCGCCAGAGCCUUGGACUCCCCACUAGUGACAAAAGGACUCUCAGUCGAACUCCAUUCCAUAUCACCUCGUCUAAGAUCAGCGAGACUGCAUCAGAAAUUCCUCCAUAUCAAGGUCGGGGCAUCGACCUCAAAUCGCAGACUCCAGUCACUGUUUGGUCCUCUGCAAGGACCAGCAGAGCACCUUUCACCUGCUCUACAGAGAAAACUGUAAAUACCACGUUUCGACCGCCUGUUUUGAAUCUUUUUUCCGCUGCCAGGGAGCUCCCAGGAAUGUCAUUUACACGGAGCUUUGCGCCUGGCCACAGUUCGCAGUGCCCUAUAGAAGAAGAAACAGAGAGUAUGGUGCACAUGUCUAAAGACAAGAGCGUGUUUGUCGAACUGGAAUCUGAUAGGACCAAUCAUGUCCAGGUCAGAAGCAGGGAAAGGAGCGAGGGAAAGGAGAGAGCGAACUUGCUAAGUGAGAUAAAAAGAGAGGGCGAGAGCAUGAAGAUAGAUGAUAAAGAAGUACAUCCAGAAAGAACAGAGGAAGAAUUUAUAGAUGAGGCAGAUUGUGAGUCAGACAACAGGAGAAAUCCAGAGAAGAAGCAGGGCUUUUCCACAUUGUCUUUGUCCAGUGCCAUUGACCCUGGCAUCACCUUCAGACCUUGCAUAGCUCUUACCACAGAGGAGAGAAGCAGGACGUUCAACAGGAAGUACCUGACUGAUAAAUACAAGAAGGCGACAGCUGCUCUGAGUAGUGUUUUCGUGCAGAAGAAGACUGUGCAACAUGUCAAAAGAAAGCUUCAGUUCAUUUCGGUGAACAGGAGAAAUGAAGCGCCGACCCUGCACAACAUAAAUAAAUAAAAAGUAAUUAUGCAUUUGAAACAUUCAUGUGUUUGAUAUUACAACAUGAGGGCUGUUUUUGAUAAUUAUUUUGAAUUUUGUAAAGUUUUUGUUUCUGUAAGGUUGGAUGUUUCAGGAUAAUGGCAAUUUUUCAUUUUGGAUUUGACCUUUUUUAACUUUUUCUUUUAGUUGGGAUUUUGGAAAAAUCGUUUAUGCCAUGUUUUGUAAUGUUACAAUUUAUAUAUUAAGGACAUUCUACAAAAUAUAUAACAUUAAAUGGCAGAAAGUUUUUGUUCAAAUAGAUGAGGACAAUUCUUUGUCUUUUUUUCCCCUUGUUUUGAACCAUUAAGUGAACCCUAAAUUCCAGGAACUGCCUGAAUAUUCUGCCAUUUUUCUUGACUUUAUUGUCUUAUUGUUGUUGUCUCUUUUCAUGUUGCUCGUGAAAAAUCAGAGUUCAGAGAGGUUUCAGGCUUUCAAGUUAGUUGCAGUUCUUAAAAACUCAUAUUUGCUCACCCUGUACCAGAGAGAUAGCAUCAACAUUUUGUCAUAAUACAGCUGUUGUUAUUGUAAGAAGAAUAUUUGUUCUAUAUAAGGAGAUGUUGCGUAACAUUAACACUUGUAAUGUUAGUAGGAUUGUAUUUAUAAAUAAAGUUGUUAAAUGAAAAAAAAAUCA